CAAAUCUUAAAGUUAAAGGAUCAAAAUUGGUAUUUAACUUUUUUUUUUGUUAUUAGUUAAAAUUACAAAGGCACCCUUUCCCUCUUCCUUCUCUUCCAAAUCCGUCUCCCUCAAUGCCAAUGCUUUCCUCCCCCUUCUGCGGUACCGGUGCUCUUACUCUUUCCUUUCUCUUUCCCCCUCUCCCUCUGUUGUUCUCCUUCUCCCUUCUCUCAUGUCGCGAUAUUCAUCAGGCCAGCCUUGCUCUCGUUGCGCGAGGGCAGUGGCACGAGGAAACGCAGAUCUGGAUUUGCUCAUCGUCGCGAACCUAUAUAUGAUUCAUAUGAGUUCAGUCCCUUGGUUUUCCCUCAAAUAUUGUUGUUACAAGAGCAGUGCAGAUGUGGGUCGAUUAUUUUGCCAGAUAAGAGAAAAUAAUGUCUUAUACCCAGGUCUGAGUUAUUUUAUUGAAUAAAAUCUGCUCUUCCUU